AUGGACUACGCACACAACAAAUGUGACGCCUUGCCAGAGGCCCACGCCGCACCAGUCUCCCGAGCCCACUACCAGCACCAGGAGGCUGAUGCAUGGGAGUGGGAAGAAAGAGCUCGGCGGACACUGCAGGCGCCAUCUUCAAGACGUAGUGCGUUCCUCACUAUAGUGAAUCUGACGCCUUAUGAAACUACCAUAGUGCGCUAAAUGUCGCGGCUUGGAAGCUUGCUAACUGACGUUAUAACUCGGUGCCCGCCCAUCUCAGGGCGAAGAGUUAGGUUGCCCACUCAGCGUGACCCAAAACUGUAGGAGUUUGUAUAUUCCCCAGACCGGGUGUCCUUUCGAAUGUUGCCGUCAGCUAUUCUGCUUUGAAGGACGUCUAGGAAAGGCAGGGAGCCUGGCGUUUCCACCUCCAACGAAUGUGCUUGAUGUACAGCAUCCAAGGGGGGGCGCUGGUGGCGAAUGCAAAGAUGUCGUCAAGGUAACUACCGCAGUGCCUUAGCCGAUUGAUUUGGUCGUUUGGCCAAAAUUUCUUCAGUGCGCCCAUGAAGACAUCGGCUAGGAGAGGACCAAGAGGCGAUCUCAUAGCAACUCCGUCUAUGUGUCUAUAUAUAUAUAUGUUUUUCAAAAAGAAACUGCAUAUUUUGUGUGCAUUUUAGUUAUGGUUCCUUGAGUGAGGUCGUCGGAAUACCUAUUUCAUGGGGAUUGGUUGAUAGGAAUUCACAUAUGCACUCAACAUGGCCUGGCAGAAUUCUAGCCGGAGCACCUAGGUAGUACAAAACCAUAUUUUAGGUCGACGAGCGCCACUACCACGAGACUGUUUUUAAAUUUUAGUGCCCUUUAGAAUGCAUAGGGCGUCGAAAGAGACCGAUACCUCAGACCGACAGCAAUGCUACCACUUCAGUUGCAGCCUCUGGUAAGAAUCCUCUACCUCUUCUAGUAUAUUUGUUGCGUCCUAUCACUUUUUCAUAUCCGACUUUGACACCGAAUAGAUUUGAACCUGCACUGAAAUGGCAUCCCUCUUUGCCUAGCCUAUCGACGUUGCUCCAGUGUACAGUUCACCAAGGGGUCAAUCAACAAUCUCCAGGAUGUAGGUUACCAUUGGGCUGAUGAGAUCCUCCCUAGGACAUCAAAACGGUUUACGUUCUUGUGGUCUAUGGUAGCCAUGCAUAAGAGCGGGAGACAUUUCUUUAAUCAUUAUGCGUCCAUUUACAUCCUUCCGGACAAACUAUUUCGCCAUUUUUGGCAUUUAGUCUUCUUGCAAGGAUGCCUACAUCGAAUUGUCGCGAUUUUCCUCUUUAGGACAUACUCAGAAUGAAAUUGACAAGAAACUAACGGUAUCCCGCCCACAUCCAGUUAUCCUAAAAAGUUCUUGUAGCCAAUCAGAGCAGUUAUAUCCGACUUCUGCCAGAUUCGCGAAUCCUAUGAGAACGCGGAGAAGGAGUUGGCGGCCUUACAGGAGACUCUAACGCAGAGGGAAUUUCAGGAGUUGUUGGGUGAGUCCUUAUUUUCUCACCGAGGGAUCAUAGAGGGCAGUCUGCGCGCAGUUUUCAACACUGCUCCUUGUUUCGCCCACCUAUACCAGUAUGCCGAUCUCCUGUGGUCCAGUUAAGGCGGCCAUCUGAGAGGAGAUCAUAUUUUUUGAUGAACAUUCAUAAGUAGUAUCAGAAUCAGAAUGACAUUCCCGACAAGGAAGAGGGGAACAGACCUGUUAGCCCUCAUCUGCCAGUCAUGCCCGUGACUUGUUGGUUAGAAGUCCAAUGCUCCGUCAAAAGUUUCCGAAGGCUUUUUUGCCGCCAUCUCCCUCUCUGUUAGAUGUAAAACAGUCAAAAGUGGCUUGUUUAUGUAGUCAAAGUGGCAAAAUUCGCUACAGAGAGGCCUUUUGACAGUAAUGUUUAGUCUCUGUAGCCGCCUUGCGAAAUGGGUGAAAUCUAUUUUUGUAGAACCGCGGUUCGAUUGCAGGCGGCCAGUUUAACUGAGAACUUUGGUACUGAAAACUCCGAACCGGCUUUAUUGGAACUGGAAACUAAUCCGUCCACUGGCGUCGAACAGUAAUAUGUUAGUGAGCAGUUGUUACUGCCCCUCUUACUACUAUCAUAACCACCACUUAUACUGCCACUGGUGGUACUGUCACCACCACCACCACCACCACCACCACCACCACCACCACCACCACCACCACCACCACCACCACCACCACCACCACCACCAACACCACCGUUGUCGCCGCUGUUACUAUUAUAACUAAUAGUGCUAUCACCAUUACCGUCGUCGCUGGUGUUAGUACCGCCAUUAAUUUUCUUUCACUACUACUGCUACCAUUACUACUUCCACUAAUACUUAUACUACUACUACUACCACUACUACUACUGCCCUUACUACUACUGCUACUACUAGCACCAGCACCAUCAAUGUCCCCAUCACAUUCAUCAUCAUCAUCAUCAUCAUCAUCAUCAUCAUCAUCAUCAUCAUCAUCAUCAUCAUCAUCAUCAUCAUCAUCAUCAUCAUCAUCAUCAUCAUCAUCAUCAUCAUCAUCACUGCUGCUGCUGCGCUGAUGCCACCACCGCUACUACUCCAAACUGAACGUCAACCACAACUAGGUGUUCUCUACUACUCACUGUCCGGCCUCCUCAGUAAUGACAAUUGGGUAUUACGGUGAUUGAUGAGCUUGAGUGCUGGCAGUGGGAAUAUAAGAGAUGUGUGUAGUGAAGGAGGGUGCACGGCGAGCCAGCAGUUGCGGCAUGCUCUUUGAUGGAUAAGCUGUCGGGUGAGUUAACAGGACAAUCACACAAAUUUUGAUCAUAGCAGUUAAAGAACUUGCUUUUGUGAACACAUGACAACAACCUUUACUGUCACCAGUAUGUGCCCAGUAUGUACCAAUGCAUUAGUAACUUUGACUUAACAUAGCAAGUUUCUCUGACAUUCGCUAGAUGACAAGCACUCAGUUGGUAGGCUUGGACAAAGCUCGAGAUGAGAUCGUUCAUGCCCUGGCCAAGCUAGAAAGAGUUUUGUUCGUGUAAUGAUUUGCAAAGGUGACUGUUAAUUUGACCUGCGUAAACUGAUUCACAGAGAUCAGAAGUAAAUGCUGCCGGGCAGGCGUUAAAAAGACAGCUCAUUCCUACAAUCUGCACGAAAAUGCGCACCACACGUAAGUAUCGCUCCGAGCUUAGUCUCGGAUGGAAUGACGGAAACUAAACAACACCACAGCAAUGCAAUUGAACUGGAAGAUUGAAGCGGAGCUUUCGUGGAUGAUUUUACUGGGUGAACUUCUGCGUGCUUCAAACAGAGCCCACCGCAGUAUUCACUUUCCCUUUCAAACCAGGUGUUUCUCCGUGCAGGUGGAAAGGAAUGGACCUUCCAGAGGAACGGCAGAUAUUCGCUAAUAGCUCUGCCAGAACCUGGUGACAGUAGCUCCUCGAAGUACUGCGACUACGUGGCGAUAUUCAACAAAUGCAAUGAGCUGAGGAGUAAGCUCUUGGUGGUGCACAAGAAACUUAAGGUAAGCUGCUUCUGACGAGUUUCCUUCAGUCGUUACUUCUAAUCAAUAUUGAAGGGGGAAAUGAUAUCGCAGGUUCGAAAGUUAUACUCGCUGGUAGGACAAGUUUGCAGAGCCGGAUGUGGUUAUGUAGUCCAACCUGAAGUAAACAGACCCCGGCCACCUGAAAUACGGUACCGAUGGUAAUUGGGGGUUUACAGGUAGGGCCGGGGAACGCACGGGCGACGAGUUCAAGUACUUGUAUGCAAAAGAAAAGCCAAUGGGAAUGCGCUGUUUUACUUUCAGUGGUUGAGAAAUAGUUGCCCUGACUCCUAACCCUAACUUCCAACCAUAACCCCUAACCCUAACCCCCUAGCCCCACCCCCAAUAGUAUUGUGUACGUCGACUGAGGCUACAUAACCACAACUUACCGUUUGCAGGCUGAAACUGAGUCAGGAGAUGGUGUUUGCUUUAAGUCUAAUUGGCGAUAGACACCAGAGCCGCAGAAACUACGCUCUUAUCGGCGAAUUUAUCCAUAGCGUAUCUUCCGUUUUGCUUGGGCCUUGAGAAAGGGCAGGUGGAACACUAAAAUUACUGAUUUCCUGAUCAUUUACUUCGGGCGCCGUUGAUUGGCAGUUGAAAUUGCCAGUUUUAUGAGGAAAGUAUGGUUGUGGACACUCGCGGCAUGCCAAGAGCCUUCAGGAUGAUAACUGCACCCAUGAAGACUUCGUUUGCACAAGGUCAAGGCCGUGAAAGAAGCAAAAUAAAAGGACAUUAUCAAUUUUGAUGACCGUCCACUCGACUAAAAAUGAUUUGUUCCUCCGUGUAGGAAUUGGGACACGAUAGGCGAAAGCAAUAUAUUGCAAAGGGGCUUUGCCUAAAUUAUGAUUACUAGUCACCUAACUAAGUCAUUGGGUGAAUCUGGUCAACGCUAGAGGUAGAGUAAGGUAAGUGGCACGCCCCCACCACCACGUUAAUCACGUGAUUCAACACCGCUUGCAACAGCCUCAGGGCAGCAUAACAGACUCGCUAUCUUGAAGAAGGAGACACGAUCGCUGGGACAAGGGCUUUACUAGCCUGACGUUUCGGAUUCCUGCUCGAACCCAUCAUCAGAAACAAAAGUUUUCCUUAUGCCUAAAGACGACCUCAAACGCUAAACUAGGACUAACCCCGGUCAACGAAUGAGUUUACUGGCACGUUGUGCUCUGCUCACCUAGAAGACUCUUCGAUUUGCAGCACCCUUGUUCACAUUUCUCUCGGGCAAAGUUGGUCUCGAAAUUUGACCUCUACUCCAAAAUGGUCAUGAUCGACCGUUUGCGGCAAGCUCUACUUAGUGUCAAGAAAAUAGGAGGUCGGCAUAAGUUACUGCGCUCCUGGAGAACUAAAUGUAUUUCGAGGGGGGUGACUGUGGACAGAGGUCAAGGGCCGAACGCCUGAAGAGAUGCUUUUUUGCUUCAAAUCGAAGAAAACUUGUCGCAGUCCUCAUGGGACUUCUGCAGUGCAGAGGCACUUUGCCUUUAAUUUCGUUGUCAGACAGCCAAUUUUUAGCACGAAAUGGGAAUGACUGGGCUUUCAAACGCCUUAUCAGUAGCCCUAACUUGACUGCUGUACCAAUGGUCCGAAUCGCCACGAUAAAUAUACUUUGUUUUCCGUGAUCAAGUCCGAUUUGAAGUAGUUGUGACAUCCCUGAUGUCAAUUUGUAUUCUUGGUUGUUUUUUACUACUAACUGUUUGUUAGUAGCCAGAUUUUACUCAUUCACCCUGCCUUUGUUUCUGUACCCCUAUUUGUCGGUUCUCGUCGUUCUUCGUUCAUUGUUCUUUGUUGCCGCUUGCUUUUACACCGACCACCGCACUUUGGCGUCAUUCGCUGACUGCUCAUCCAGUCAUCUCGAAUGUACGUCCACUUUUCAACUGAUUCCCCGCCUUAUGAACUCUAUCGUGCUCCGCUAAUCUUUUUGUUUAUUGCUAUAGAACUGCAAAGAAUAAUCGGGUUAUGCCGACUGUCUUUUGACAUAGCCUUGACCUCGGGUGCGUCUGUUGCGAUGAAUAAACCAGCAGUGAAUCGAGAAUAUCUAGAGAAAAAUAACAGUAGCGUUGGCUAGUUUUGCUUUAUUGCCGAGCGGAUCACGGAGUUUCCGCUCUGUCUCGAAUCACCAAACAUGGCCUAAGGUGAUGGUUGUGCAGCGAUGUUCGAACAACAAUUGAAAUUUUUCCUGGGCAAAGAAAGGAAGACUGAAGUAGCCACCCUUGCCUCGUUAACUUUUGUGAAUUGUUUGACAGUGGUAGUAGACUUGCACAGUAGCAGCUACCGCAAGAACGCCGGACGCGGUAAAGGGUGCAGAUGACUGGCGCGGAUAGAGCCGUCCCUAGGUGUGCCGCCGCAUCCCCCGGUCCACAGCGUACAUUGACCAGCGCGUUACACAACAGGAGAGGAAGGGUGGGUGCCUCGGAUCCCACGGAGUGGGAGUGCCAUAUAGGCCGUAUUAAGGAAGAGCGAUUGCAGCCUGACUCUCAGUCCACCAGUUGCCACUCCACACAAACACACACUGGGCCGUCUGCGAGGUCUAAGUUAUCCAGUUAGUCACCAACCUCCCAAUCCACGGCUCUUAGAGCACCGUGAUAGCUUCAAGCGCGUCAGAUAGUUCAUAGUGAGAAAAAUGCGCUAAGUCGUCAACCUCACUCUCUAUUCCCAUUCCCACGGCCCACCCGACUGUCUGAGUCGGUCAGUUGUCUAGUGUGGGGAAUGGGCGCGGUGGAUGACAUAUCUAGUACCCUCGUCUGCGCGUGCCACCGUAGUAAAUCGGUAGACCAACAACACUUUUAUGACCCGGAAGAAAGGUAGGACAGGAAGAGAGCCGGUUCGGAGGACAAGCACUUUAUUGGUAACUUGCGGACACGAGGGGGUUACAACUCGUAAGAGAGAUGUGCUAGUUAUAUUGGCUCCUGUGCGUUCUAGAACAUUCCGUCCAGUGACAUGCCAGCCGUUGAGGGCGUUCUAGAAUGUUCCUGUCCUGGGCGUGCUGGUCGCUGAUCGGUCACCGCGUGCGCGACAGUCCCCCCCCCGCAGAAAUGUCUGGAAUGUUCGACCAGCCAUUGAUUGGGCCGCGCAUGUGAGCAAAGCCACCACACGUGCUCGGCGCUGCAGUGCACGGCGGUCGGCCGUCUAACUUUACGCGUGUCUCACGCCGCCGGCUUGGUCCCCCUGUUCAGCGCCUUAUGCCGUGUGGUUCUACGCCGCUUGCACACUCCAUAACAAAACCCCACCACGACGACGACGACGGAAAAGGAAAGGAUUUUCAAAUACUAAAUGGUUUGCCAAGACGACAGCACAGGUACCAGCAAGGUCAGCCAUUUGGUAUUUGUACAGUAGGUGUGCUGACUCUUGAAAUGUUAACCGGAAUUCUGAAAUGCGUUUUUGUUUCGAAAAGAUUACUUAAGUGGUGUUGCAAUAUUAGUCACCCUGCCGCAUAAUUCUAUAAUAAUUCAGUUACCUCGGGAUGCUGGCUUUCGAACGAACAUCUUUCCGACCGCAUGUAAAAAUCACACUCUGUAAAAAAAUGAAUGCUUACUUAGUCCUUAAAAAUUCAAUUAUAUUUCAAAGUAAGGUGAAAAUGAAAUUCAUUUACGAAAAACACACGGGAAGGCUGGGGGACCCACUGAUGAGCCCAACCCCUCGCAAUUGCUUCAGGCAGCAGCGCAAGAUCGGCGUAACACGCGAUCUGGGUUUUUAGCUAGUACCCAUGUUGUCAGUAUGGUUAGUAAUUACAUAACUGUGCAGGUAUUGUUUUCAACCAAUCCUGUUAUGCACGAGGAUGGUAAAGAUAGGUUGACAGCGCAGACCACUUCAUGGGUAUUUACGUCUUCACUUGCUCCCGUGAAGCAGUUUAUUUUGGUCGCACUAGUCGUCACCUAUCAAAAAGAAUGCAAGAACACCUCCAAGCAUGGCUGCGAAAGGGCGGAAAUCAGGGCGUAAGCAGCGUCAUUUCCGCGCACGCUGUUCAUUCAGGGCGUCAUAUUGACCAUAUCGAAGUCAUCUGUGGGAUUUAUAAGGUCCGACGGGACUACCCUAAGUUAGCAAUAGGUCAUGCGACUGUCAUCAGGUUACUCAAGCCGGUCUUAUGCGCACGACAGAACUUUGUGCAAGCCCCGGGUCAAAGGCCAUUUGGCUGCAUGCGCUUCUCCGUACUCUUCCCUCCCCUUUCCACCCUGAAACGGUUCUUCCUAACCCCCACUGUCUCUUAUUACUUUCCCCUACUCCCACACAUGUAUGAAAACACGGAGUGUGAUCGAUUCCCCUUAUCACUCACAUGUUUCACUUGUACCCCGUUCCCCUAUAGAUUUACUGGUCUGACGAUAAUUCAUCGAAAGCAGACGUAAGCUCGCCAACUGGCAUUCUGUAUCCUUCCGUAGGCACUUUCGCAAAGUUGAAGCUCGCUACUUAAUUUAUUUCACUAACAAGUCAACAUUCAGUUUUGGUGGCAAAAACCUCGCGCGGGGAAAAAGAAAAGGCAGUAGUGGAAUUGCCUAAUUUUGAAAAACUACAUUGGCACAAACGCAUACAUUAGCAAAACAGGAUCAUUGUGUCCGUAGAAGAUCAGAAACAUGCUGAGUGGACAAAACCACUGUCUUCCAAGUUUGCUAACAGAAGCGAAGAGGCGAGUUCCAGGAAGUAGUCGGAGAAGGAGAUACGAUCGCUGGAACAAGCGUUUUGUUAGCCUGACGUCUCGGAUUCUCACUCAAAUCCAUGAUCAAGGACAGAGUCAGAUAAGGGUAGUGGAUUGCUCAGGUGUUGCAAUACUUAUAGGAUGUAGCUGCUAAACCGCUACAUGCCUAUCAGAGUUGACAGCUCCCGAGUGCAUCACAGCUCGACUCGCCAGGUGUUGAAGCAUGCCGUUGUCAUGCAGUUGCUAUGCGCCAGUAUGCCGGUCAAGAUUAUCGGCUUCCACGGUCAUCACACGCCGCCGAGUGGCUGACUGUCGGAUUUUGUCAUCUGUGUGGACUCUGGGAUGAUUUGGCUCGCCGACAUUGAUACGAGGGACAGGGGUAAUCCACACGCUCUCCUCGUGGCUAACUACUUUGCCUAGACAAAGUCUCAGGGCCGAAUAUGGAGAAGGGAGGUCGUUGCGCUUGUUGACUGAUUGAGAACCACAAAACCAUGACUAGAGCGGUUCGCGGCUCACACGGUUUUUACCUUUAGCAAGAAUUUCUGCCUCGUCAAACUUGAAUGUGUGGUUGGGUCCCGUCCAAUGAGCCGACACUUGAGAGUUGGCAUCGUUCCUCCUUACUGUUGUCGCGUGCUCGGCCAACCGCGUGUGGAGUAGUCUUCCCGUUUCUCCGACAUAGUUGCUUCGCCCACAACUGCAGCAGACCCGGUAAACGACUCCAGAUGUUUCCUGUCGUAGCAGUGGGUCUUUCGGCCUCAUGAUCUGGCGCCCUAUCUGGCGCUGUCUCUGAUGAUGGAUUCGAGUGAGAAUCCGAAACGUCAGGCUAAUAAAACACUUGUUCCAACGAUCGUGUCUCCUUCUCCGAGUUUCCUUAGUGUUCGAUGGCUUUAUUCGUGCCUGUCAUGGACAGAUUUGCGUCGUUAAAAAUAACCGAUAGGGAUCCAAUCACGACUGAAGAGCAAAGUGUAUAUUAUAUAGGUGUUUAAUCUAUAUGCAAACAUUUCCACGCAACGACGUUUAAUUCGGUUGACUACUGCCUGAAAAGUGCUCACCUUCCCUGGGCAGUAAGUGCUGCCUCCCAAAUGCUUUUUACUCAUAAGAAUUAGCUUCGUCAUGUUAGUCAACACAGACACUAACUAACUGCCCAGAUCCUUAGUCGGCUUCUCUGUACUCACUAACUGCUCGUGAGUUUACUUGUUUUCCCAAGUUCGGUAGGAUCCGGCGAACUCCAGGGCCACACUUUGGUUAAUGGGGUGUCUGAAAACUAAAUGGUUUUAAAUCUACCUCUUAGGAUAUUUCCUCGAGUUUACAUUGUCACAGCUUUUUACCGUCUUCUACAAAUCUAUCCUGCGUCUUCCAAACUUUCCCUUCAACUUGCUUUCCACUCUGUGAUGGACGAAAAAAGAUUCGGAUGCAAUGACUUGCUGAAAAACCUACAAGAUCUCUGUUAAACUACUAGGUGCCUGGUCUGAGGGCAAGAAUAGUGAACUAGGCAAAUUCACAUGUUUUCCGUUUUUAAACUUCCAGACUGAGGCCCAGGUCUAUUUGGAGUCUCAAGCUGACCGACACCGCAGCACCCAGGAGUCAAAACUGCACGUCUGUGCAAAUGAGAACACAGGCCCGAGAGAUGACUCCCUCGAAGACUGUUCCAGUGCCUUUGAGGACUUUGAUGGCGUGCGAAUUCGCGUCCAAGUUGAGUGUCGAGUAAAGACUGCCUUAGCUGAGGCGAGCAUCGCGGUCAGAAGGGCGAAACAAGGUUUUUGGAACAUGUACAACUCGGUCAACAGAAUUCCGCCGCCGCCGCCGCCGCCACCUCUUCGAACAAACAACAACCGUUGUAACAGAUGA